AAAAAUUGUUCAUUUUUGUGAUUUAUUGACAGGUGUGCAAUGAUCAUUAGAUGUCAUUCUUGAAAACUCGCUCAUGAGAAAUUAUGACUGAAGUAUGUAAUUCAGAUUUAGAGAAUGUCGUCUUGGAGGAUACGAGUGCUGAUACUGUAGAGGGUAGAGGAAGGCAUAAAAGACGCCUUAAAAAAGUGCUGCACUUCUCUGAUGGCGAUCUGGAGGAGUAUUCAGAGGACGAAACCGAUACUGGAAUUCUUGAUAAUCAGGUUGCUCUUGUAAACCCGGCAUCCUUGGAAUGGGUACCAUGGAUUUGGUAUCAGACCAUGCGCGCCAGUUCUAAAGUCCUUGACGGCUGCGAUUACAUGGGGGAAUGGUUAGCUGACAUUUUAGGAAUAACUUCUCCUAAGUAUGAGUUUGAAAUCAAUGAGUACUUAAGAAUGCAAGCUGCCGAAGCUGAAGAAAAGAAGAGGGAAGAUCUGGAAAUGGGUGGUUGGAACGAUCAAAACAGGAACAACCUUAUUGUGAAUAACACAGCAGAAACUGAAAUAAAAACAACAUAGUGAGUCCGUGGUAAACUUAAUUUAAAAUAAGGAAUAAAUUGUAACGCGUGUUAGGUAUCGUUUCUCAGACUAUAUUUUGCGUUCCAUCGCUAAAAUUGCCUUACAAAGCAGUAAACGGCCAAUAUGGAUUGCUUAAAAAAGAAUAUUUUCUACGCACUAAAUGCUGCGGAUCUACUAAUUAGUCUUUAUACAUUGAUAGUCCUACCUUUUUAUUCAGUAAUCAGUAAUAAUGUUUAAGAUUACCCUCUUCAGUAUAUUUAUACAAUCGAAAAUUACUAAACAAAAUACUGAAGCUGUGAACACAUCUAUGAGUGUUCCAUCUAAACGUACAUGUUGACUGUACCGAUCCAAUAAUAUUACUUUGUCAAAGUAUUAACAUCACUGUUUUGCUUAACACGGAUCGAAUCCUUUAAUACUAAUUAGGUUGUAUCUAUCAUUACUAAUUUGUACAUAAAGGCUUCGUACCGCUGUA